UUGAAGACAGUAACAUUUGUUGAGAUGCAAAGAAACAACACUGGAAUGCAUGCAGCAUGUGCAGCAUGCAAGCAUCAAAGGAAGAAGUGCAGUGAAAACUGCAUAUUGGCACCUUACUUUCCAUCAAACAGAAGCCGCGAGUUCCAUGCUGUGCACAAGGUUUUUGGUGUAAGCAACAUAACCAAGUUGGUGAAGAAUGCUAAAGAGGAAGAUCGAAGAAGGGUUGUGGAUUCAUUGAUAUGGGAAGCAUGUUGUAGGCAAAGGGAUCCCAUACAUGGUCCCUAUGGAGAGUACACAAAAGUUUACAAUGAGUAUAAGAAAGUGUUGGAUGAACUCAAGAGAUUCAGAGGUCAAAACCAGUUGUUGCAGUUUCCCCCUCUAGGAUUAAAGUCUGUGCAAGAUUUGAUUGCUUGCAAAGGGGAGCACAAAGCAGAAGUUGAUAAUAUUGCAUUGGAUAAUUAUCUGCAUGGGAAAAAGAAUGGUAUUAUUCAUGAUUCUGAUAUUUAUAAUACUUAUUGUUCAAAUUAUUUGCAAGAGUUUCAGAAUAUGAGAGCUGAAGUUGUGAUCCCGUUUCAGCAGCACUCUCAACCAUACUAUAUUGCAGGUGAUCAAUUCAAUCAAUGAAGACCAGGAAAUGGAAGAUACGGUAUCGGGUGACUACAAUGCAUAAUUAUGUAUAUUUGUUGUGGAUGAUCGACAUUGCCACAUCGAUACAUUUAGACUUUGAAAUUUCAAAGUUUAGAGAAGCACUCAAAAGACGAGU